AUGAAGAUGAGCAGAUUGCCCAAGCAAAGGCUGCUCCUCAGGCCGGUUGUGCUGAUGAUGCUGCUGCUGGAGUUGCAGCAUCUCACCAGUGGCUUGGAACAGAGCACGGACUACUCGGUGGUUAGCAAGACGGCGGGUGUGGCCACCACCACUGGGGCACCUCCCACGUUGGUGCCACCACUGCGAAUCUUCAAAGGUCGCGUUCAGACCACUACACCGUCUUCGAGAAGCACACGUCCCUUGGCCACUGGAUCUGAAGCGCAACAGGAAUUGGUGGGAAUAUCCUCAAAAUCAUACAUUUCUGGACCCACCACACAACCCUCGAAGUUGUCGAAGAGAGCUGGUCUGGCAGGACCCAAGAAAUUCCCCAAGGAUGUGCGCAAUCGCAGCAGCAAUGCUGUGGAGCGCAACAAGCUGCAGCAUGAGGUGCCCGAUCAUGUGCCCGACUCCUCUGGCUAUAUACCCCAUCGUAUUGGCCAUCCGGUGCAUUUGGAUUAUGGACCCACGGGAGUGGACUCCAGUGGGGCUCCCACAGGCAGCGGAGGAUAUCACGCGGGGCCCUAUGAAAACAACAAGUGGCAGGAGGAGUACUGGGAUCAGGAAUAUGCAGGGAAUCCGCAUCAGCAUAAUGGAACCAGGGUUCAGCAUAUCGAAGCGGAGUGCCAGGAUGACUACAUGAAAAUACGGAUUGGUUUCAAUGGCUCCUUCAGUGGUUUGCUGUAUUCAGCUGGGUAUGCCUACGAUCCGGAUUGCAUGUACAUCAAUGGGUCUGGUAGAGAUUACUACGAGUUUUACAUUCAGCUAAAUCGAUGUGGAACCCUGGGCAAAAACUCCCUGCAAGAAGAAAGUCGCAAGAACCCCACAAACUUUAUGUGGAACACGGUAACAGUUCAGUAUAACCCACUUAUCGAAGAGGAGUAUGAUGAGCACUUCAAGGUCACCUGCGAGUACGGCUAUGAUUUCUGGAAAACAGUGACUUUUCCCUUCCUAGAUGUGGAGGUGGCUACUGGCAACCCAGUGGUGUUCACCUUGAGUCCCCCCGAGUGCUAUAUGGAGAUCCAGAACGGCUAUGGCAUUGGAGGUCCACGAGUGACGGGUCCAGUGCGUGUGGGCGAUCCCCUGACCUUGAUCAUCUACAUGAGGAGCAAAUAUGACGGCUUCGACAUAGUGGUCAACGAUUGUUUUGCCCACAAUGGCGCCAACAAGCGGAUACAGCUCAUCGAUCAGCACGGCUGUCCGGUGGAUGACAAGCUCAUCUCACGCUUCAGGGGCUCCUGGUCGGAUUCGGGGGUGUACGAGACCCAGGUGUAUGCUUACAUGAAGACCUUCAGGUUCACUGGAUCGCCGGCGCUUUAUAUCGAGUGCGAUGUGCGCAUGUGCCACGGGCGGUGUCCAAGCCAGCCAUGUCACUGGAGAAAUCUAAAGGCGGUGACCAAGCGAGAUACUUCCAACAUGACAGCCACAAAUAUCUCCAUGCCUCCAUUGUCCUCUGAUGGCGAGGGACUAACCACGGAGAAUCCACCUGCCAAUUCCCUUUCUGAGAAUGUGAAUCUCUUCCAAUCGCUGCGGGUUCUACAAGAGGGCGAAACUGAUGGGGACGAUGUGUACGCCCAUCGACAGACGAAACCCUUGUCGCCACACCAAACCUGCCUGAAGACCUCCACAUUUUCGGCGCUAACCGCUGGUUGUUCGGCGGUCUUAUGCGUACUUACUGUAACUCUGUUCAUUGCCUGUUCGAGACUAAAGCGUCGCAAGGAGUCCUCACUGUACGACUCCUACAUAGCACACAAGGGACAAAUCGAUUGA